CAGAUACACACACACAUUAUACACACACACAUUAUACACACACACGUCCCAGCUCCCCAGCAAAGCAACGUGCAUCUCUGGGCAGAAGGCACAGGGUCGGCGUGUAGCCCGCUCCUCUAUGAAGCCUGCUUUGAAGACCUGCUUGAAAUGUAAUUUGGUGAGAAGCAUGUAAGAACAACAGCAUUUAUGUUUAGAAACUCCGAAUGAUAGAAACACACUGAGAUAUAUAUUAGUCACCAUGCACAUUGUGUUGCAGUGCUGAAAUAAACAUGAUGAAAACGGAAGCUCAAGAGAGAUCAAACCUUCGGAGUGCUUCACCACACAGGAAUGCUUACCGAACUGAGUUUCAGGCAUUGAAAAGCACAUUUGACAAACCAAAAUCAGAUGGAGAGGAAAAAGCAAAGAAUGAGGGGGACCCUCCUCAAACCCAACAAACAAGGGGAAGGAGAUAUGGAUCUAAUGUCAACAGAAUCAAAAACUUAUUUAUGCAGAUGGGAAUGGAGCCAAAUGACAACAAUGGAGUUCCUGCAAAACACAAACCCAAGGCUUCGCCUUCAUCGCCUCAACGGAGGGCAAAGUCAAAGGCAAUUGUAGAAAAGAUAGACAACUCUGAUGGAAAACUCAAGAGUACUGUGUCUGAAAGGAUUAGCCGCUUUGACGCCAUCGACGGCCCUUCUUAUUCCAAGUUUACAGAAACCAGAAAGAAGUUUGAGCACAAUUUACAGGAGACAGAGCAUUCUAACCAUUUGUCAUCAAGGAAAGAGAGAAGGGGCUCAGAGGAUCUUCUGGAUGAAGGGCAUGGAAGUAAAUCUAAUAGGGGUAGCAGUGAUUCUUUGGACAGUCUCAGUUCAAGAACUGAGGCCUUAUCACCAACUGUCAGUCAGCUAAGUGCUGUGUUCGAAAACAGUGAUCCACACAGUCCAAAUGUGGUGGAGAAAGCUGAAAACAGUGAAGAUUACUCAUUGACUGGUCAUUAUCCAUUAAAUAUUACACCUUCCUCCGUUAGAGAUUAUGAAGGCUAUGGCAAUGCAAAAGAUCCGAAUUCAUGGUCUCCCACAGGAGACAAUGACACAGACUCCUUUGCUGAGAUCAGUCAUCAAAGAGCUUCUUCAAAAGAAGAUUUAACAUUUAAUGUUUCUCCAGUGAAAAAAGAGGUAAAAAGAGAAAGUGUGGGCUGCAGUACAUCUAAUGAUAUGGUGUCUAGGAAUGAAUCUCAGGACAGAGGUCGUGAUGAGAAAAAAGAUGGACACAGUGCGGAACAAAUUGUUCAAAAAGGGGAACAUACAAAACAGCAAAACAAUUUGUCCGAAGAUUCUCUAAAUGAUUUUGAUAGGACUAAGUUAGAAGAAACAAAUUCUGAAAAGGGCCAGAAUUUUCCAGCUGAAAGAACUUCUGGUGCCCCAACAUCUCAAGAUGUUGGUACAAGCAUGAGCGAUGGAGUUGGAGAAGUCAAUAACUUGUCACCUGCACAGACAUUUGAAACCUCUGACUAUAAUGUAUAUAGAGUCCGGUCAAGGUAUAACACAGACUGGGAAGAAAAUGAGCAAGACGAGGAUGAGGACAGUGAUGAAAAUAAAUCUUAUGAGCCAGAUAUGGAGUUUAUAGAAAUUCCUGGGUUACCCGAGGAAGAAGAAGUGCCUCAUCAAAGAAAGAUACGAUUUAGCAAAUCUCUGAUCAAAGUGUUCAACACAUACUCAAAUGAAGACUAUGACAGAAGGAAUGAUGAAGUCGACCCAGUAGCCGCUUCUGCAGAGUAUGAACUAGAAAAACGUGUGGAGAAACUAGAUUUGUUCCCAGUGGAUUUAGAGAAAGAUGAAGAAGGUCUUGGGGUCAGCAUUAUUGGCAUGGGAGUUGGAGCAGACACUGGCUUGGAAAAACUCGGCAUAUUUGUCAAAACAGUUACUGAAGGAGGGGCUGCGCAAAGGAAUGGAAGAAUUGAAGUUAAUGACCAAAUCAUAGAAGUGGACGGGAUAAGCCUGGUUGGGGUUACCCAAAACUUUGCUGCCACUGUUCUCAGGAACACCAAAGGGAAAGUCAGAUUUAUUAUAGGACGGGAAAAACCUGGACAAAUGAGUGAGGUUGCCCAGCUGAUCAGCCAGACUCUCGAACAGGAACGACGCCAGAGGGAAAUGCUGGAACAACAUUAUGCACAAUAUGAUGCCGAUGACGACGAGACAGGAGAAUAUGCAACAGAUGAGGAAGAGGAUGAUGUGGGCCCUGUUGUUCCUGGAAGAGAAAUGGCAAUUGAAGUGUUUGAGCUUCCAGAGAAUGAGGACAUGUUCGCUUCAGACCUUGACGCAACAAAAAUUGCACAUAAAUUUAAAGAGUUACAGAUAAAACAUGCAGUCACUGAAGCCGAGAUUCAGAAACUGAAAACAAAGCUGCAGGCUGCAGAGAAUGAGAAAGUAAGGUGGGAGCUUGAGAAGACGCAACUACAACAAAAUAUCGAAGAGAACAAAGAAAGAAUGAUGAAGCUGGAAAGCUACUGGAUCGAAGCUCAGACCCUGUGCCAUACUGUCAAUGAGCACCUUAAGGAGACCCAAAGUCAGUACCAGGCACUCGAGAAGAAGUACAACAAGGCCAAAAAGCUAAUCAAGGAUUUCCAACAAAAGGAGCUAGAUUUUAUGAAACGUCAAGAAGCUGAAAAGAAGAAAAUUGAGGACAUUGAGAAAGUUCACCUUGCUGAAGUUCAAACCCUGCAAUGCCGUAUCAAGGACCUGGAGGCUGAAGUGUUUAGGCUCCUCAAGCAGAAUGGAAGUCAAGUUAACAAUAACAACAACAUAUUUGAAAGCAGGACAUGUCUUGAAGAGGAUACCAAUGCUGUUUCUGCUGAAAACCUGGAAGAUAAGCAAGAACCCUGUCUGGAAGAAGGAGCAGCGAAGUGGGAAGAUCCCGGUGAUGUAUUUGAUUUCAAUGACGCCAUUCCAGAAACAGAAAGACUGGAUUCCAAAGCACUGAAAACACGUGCUCAUCUCACUGUAAACAGUAAACGGCAGAAGCCGUCGAGAACACGACUGUGUGACAGUGUCAGCUCUACUGAUGGAGAAGACAGCAUUGAGAGAAAGCAUUUCAUUGUGUGGCCACCGGCAAACUGCUUUUCAUUUCACUUGAACCAAACAUUAAGUGAUGAGUUCAGCCCAAGCAGCGCAAGUUCAGCCGAGCUGAGUGGCCUUGUUGCAGACAUGAAGAAAGCGGAGCGUUCCCACUCUCUUGCCCUAUCAUCUGAUGAGAGCCUGGAUAUGAUAGAUGAUGAGAUACUUGAUGAUGGUCAGUCCCCCAAACACAGCCAUCUGCAAAGCCGCUUAGUCCUGGACUGGAGCACACAGCAAGUCACCCAGUGGUUAAAGAGUCUGCACAUGGUCCAAUAUGUUUCAGCAUUUGCUGCCCACAAUGUUAAUGGUGAGCAGCUUCUACAGAUGGAUAGCUGGAAACUUAAGGCCCUAGGUGUGAAUUCUCAAGAUAAAGUCAUCAUUAAAAAGAAACUGAAAGAGAUGAAAAUGGCAAUGGAGAAAUUUCAGAAAGCCCAAGAAAAAAUGCAGAAACAAAGGGGAAGAGUUCGAGAAAAGGAACAGAAAAUAAUAAGAGAGCAGCCAUCUGCUGGGGAACAAGGGGGCAAUAAGGAACAGUGACGGACACAUCAGCUGAAUAUGAAGAACACGACACUGAGAGACGAUGAAUUGUGUAUUGACUCCCGGGCACUGCAUGUGAUUCUUACAAAACUGCCAGGAAUGAAACAGGGAAGCUUGAUAAAGUGAUAUCCAUUUUCUUUGCCAAAAUGUUCAUUUUAUUUAAUAACCUCUGUGAGCCAUUUUGCUAUGUCCUGCUAAUGUGCAUAAGUAGCGAUGAGCGAAUCUAUAUAAAGUCAUGGAUUCAUGGUGAAAUUCCGAAUUUUGGCACGUGCGAAUUUUUCCCCAAAACUGCGGCGAAGAAUUCGCCAUGGAAAUUACACUGCAAAAAAACGCCUAUAAGAAAAAACACCCGUUGACUUUAAUGCAUUUGAAGAAAAAAAGUCGGCAUAAGAAAAAACAUCCAUUGACU